CGUGACCACAGGUAAGAUCACGUGACACAUGGGUUUAAACCACCCGUGUGACGUCAUUACGGAUCGGCAAACUCGGUCCGUAAUGAGGGACUACGUGUGUUCAGUGGAGAGAUGCGGCGACACCUGAAUUUAGUCUGGUGAGCUUUGCACCAUGGCCCUGCGGUCAUCCCCAUUCUCUAACCCGUGUGCUGCAGUCACCCACGCGGCGGGAUGGGUGUUGAUUCUGCCAUGUUUCUGGUUCCUCGACCGCCUCAUCGCCGUGUGCAAGCUGACCACCCUCGAGCGGAGACGAGAGGACACGUGCUACCUCUACCCCCUCAAAGUCGUCUUCGGCUCCAUCGUGUUCCUCGUCCUCUUUGUGGUGACUGCUCCCGUGGCCUUGCUGGGCUUCCUACUGUGGGCCCCGCUGCAGGCGUGCCGCAGACCCUUCUGCUACCACCGAGAGUCAGCGUCACUCCAGAGUGAGACGCACACAGGCUUGGAACUUGAGGGGAAGGGGUCGUUCGUCUUCGCCUCGGCCAACUUGUGUCUCUUGCCUGACAGUCUGGCUCGCUUCAAUAAUCUGGGACACACCCAGAAAAGAGCCGCCGCUAUCGGCGAGUCUAUCGCUCGGGGCGUGGGCCGACCCAAUAUCCGUAUCGUUAUCGACUCUCCCAGCAGCUGCGGUGCUCUUAGCCCUUCCAACAGUAUACUCCCCACGUCGAGCGCCUCGACGUACGGCGCGACAGACAGACAGGCUUCAAUCCCAAAUCUCAACAGUGAUGUGGUUUACGUCCCCUGUGAUGACACAAUAGAACCCUCCGAUAUCAUCCAACACAACUCCAACCAGAACUCGAAUCGGCGUUUGCUCUCUCAGGGACUCGGCCAGCUGGGCGACGUGUCAUGGGAAGUGUCCACCAUGUUUCCCGCCCAUGUGGACAUUCUCUGUUUAGAGGAAGUGUUUGAUAAGAGGGCCGCGCAGAAACUCACCCAUGCGCUGAGUCCUUUGUUUGCACAUAUACUCUACGACAUCGGGGGGUACGCCUGCCAACCCCCGUGUAGCUGUUCCUCUUUUAAGUUCUUCAACAGCGGCCUCUUCUUGGCCAGCCGAUUCCCCGUCGUGGACGCCGAGUACCACUGCUUUCCCAACAGUAAAGGGGAAGACGCGCUGGCUGCCAAGGGCCUUCUUUCCACUAAGGUGUUCCUCGGGAAAAAUCAGAAGCAGACGAAACUGGUUGGUUAUUUCAACUGUAUCCACCUUCAUGCACCAGAAGGUGAAGGAGCGAUCCGCUGUGAGCAGCUGAACAUGGUCACCAAGUGGAUCGGUGAUUUCCAAGCAGCCAAUAGGCAGCCGGAUGAAGAAGUGGUUUUUGAUGUGCUCUGUGGAGACUUCAACUUUGACAACUGCUCACCGGAUGACACCUUGGAACAAAAUCACAGUCUCUUUGAGGAAUACAAAGACCCUUGCAGAGCAGGGCCAGGGAAAGAGAAGCCCUGGGUCAUCGGAACUCUGCUCGAGCAGCCAACGUUGUACGACGAUGAUGUAAACAGCCCAGAAAACCUGCAAAAAACGUUGGAGAACGACAUGCUGAGAAAGUGUUACAUCUGCCCUCCCGUUCCCGCCGCUGGCUCGCCCUUGGUUUACCCCGAAAUUGACCAGCCGUGGAUUGGACGGAGGAUUGAUUAUAUCCUAUUUCGGGAAAACUCCAUUUCCAAGCACUGCCAAACCGAAGUGGAAGAGGUAUCAUUUAUUACCCAACUGGCUGGCUUGACAGACCAUAUUCCUGUGGGCUUGAGACUGAAUGUCCGAAUGGACUCUUGACUUUGAUGAAAAGUUAGCGCUAAAACUAUUUUAUUUUCAGAGAAAGGGAACAAAAUGUACCAAAAGUACAUUGCUGCAUAGCCAUAAUAAUCUUAUGUUUACAUGGUGUAUUUCAAUUUUAAAAUGUAAUGCUGAUACACUAGAAAUAUCUCAGGUAGUGUUAGUAUCAGCUUCUCUGAAUACUUAAGGUAUUCAAUACUGCACAUUAAGGCUUCUUCUGGAUUUUUUAAAUACAUCGUUUUUAUUUCAUUGCAGGAAUUCUGCACAGAAAUAAACAAUAAUUAUUGUUUAUAAAUGCGUUUGCUUUUUCCCUCUUGA